AAAUAGUGUGAGUGAGACUUCUCGGAUAGAUGUGAGGCGUGUGAGGCACGUACAGUCCCGAGUUGCCGUCGCGUUGGAACUUCAUGUUGCCUGACGUUUAAAGUCCCCUUGGGGUUUUAUCGAACCGUUCGGAUUCGUUGAUAAAAAAAAAAAACAACAUACGGUAUUUGUUUAGAGGGUGAUUUCGGGCAGUAUUGUCAUUACUUUGCAGCCCGUUAGAACGGCGAAAAAGAGAGAUUCAUGACAAUACGUCAAAUACAGGCGAGCAUGUAGUCGCUUGACGGCAGUAGUUUUUAUUUUAAAAGAUUUUUAUACCCGGAAGGAAAGACACUCGAGCACAAUGAUCAGAACGACGUGUCCACUCGGCGGACUCUUCGUCGUCGAGGGUGAAGUUGGACUUCUAAUGACGGCUAUGCGACGAGGGGUACGAUGGUCCUCUCAUUCUCACCAGGAUGAGGAUCAAGAUGUGCUGAUGAAAGGAUUGUCAACAUUGAAGGAAGCUCUUAACGACGCAAGGAACUUGUCCGCUCUAGAGCCAGGUGUCUUUCUUGCCCCAUUCCUCGAAAUUGUCAGAUCCGAAGAAACCACUGGACCUGUCACUAGUCUAGCUCUUUCCGCUGUCAACAAAAUGAUAUCCUAUGGUCUUAUCGAUCACGAGCAUCCAGCGAUUGGUGCUUGUGUCGAGGCGAUUGCAGAUGCAGUAACCCACGCGAGAUUCGUAGGGACAGACGCAUCUGGCGAUGGUGUCGUUCUUAUGAGGAUACUGCAAGUACUACGAGCUCUUGUGCUCUCUCCUGCAGGCGAUCACUUGUCGGAUGAGAGUAUUUGCGAAAUUAUGCUCAGUUGUUUCAGAAUAUGCUUUGAAACUCGUCUCAGCGAAUUACUACGUCGAACAGCGGAGCACUGUUUGCGCGACAUGGUGCACCAUUUGUUUGCGCGCCUCUCUCAGUUCGCAGACGACACUCGGGUAAUUCCGAAUAUGAAGAAAAUGCGAACGAACGGGAUGGAAAAUUCGAGAGGAAAGUUGAGGAAGGGAAAGAACGUUGGAAAGCAAAAGUCGCUGGGUGGUGGGGUUAAUAAACAAACGGUGGAUCAGAACGAUGAAGAGAGUGAGACGCGGCUGUUGAGUCCGGUGGAUCGUGCGCGGGCGGACCAUUUGGCCACAACACCGGUGAUACCAGUCGGUAAUAUCGUGGACAUGCAAGGAUCUUUGGACCACGGAGCUCCUGACAAGCCGAACGAAGAAGAAUCGUCAAAAGUUUCAUCGAGUAACGAUUCGGAAAAGAAACAAACGAGCGAGAACAACGAUGAUAAGAAAAUCGAGGAAAACCCGUCGCAGGGGGCUGCGAAAACGGAGGAAACUUCUGUCGGAGAAUCUUCAACGGUGAAAGAAAAAUUGGCCGAUUCGCAGGAAACGAACAAGCUCGAAGACUCGAAAGCUUCGGACCCUGUUGAGAAAUGCAACAAAAAUAUUGACAAAGAAAUCCAAUCUUCAAAUACGACAGACGAUUCCAAGGAGCCGGUGGACAAAAAGAAAGAUGUUAUAUCCGAGAAAGAGACUGGAGCAACGAGCGACAACGAAAAAGUAAGCGAAAACGUUCAGUCGCCGGUUGGAAGCGUAGAGGACUUGUCGUUGGACGACAAUACGAGUAUAGGAAGCGGUAACAACAACGUUAAAACCCCGAAGAUACCAAUGGACUCGGAAUCCCAAUUAGAAGAAUACGUGAACACUCAAGGCGUCAGAUUUACCCCGCUCCAGCAGUUGUCCCCUUACGGUGCCCUGUGCGUACGUGAAUUAUUUCGUUUUCUCGUUUCACUCUGCAGUCCCCUCGACAAGCAAAACACAGAAAUAAUGAUGCACCUGGGACUGAGUCUUCUGCAAGUCGCUCUCGAGAUAGCCGCUGAUUCGUUGGCUAAUUUUCCUUCUCUACUGUCUCUCGCCAAGGACGAAUUGUGUAGAAAUCUCAUAUUGCAAUUAGGCACCGAUCGACUCUCCAUCCUCGCAGCCGAUCUUCAAGUCUCGUUUUUACUCUUCGAAUCGCAACGCGAACACCUCAAAUUCCAAUUGGAACAUUACAUACUCAAGCUCAUGGAAAUCGUAGAUUCCGAUUCAAACCGAAUAACGUACGAGCAACGGGAACUCGCGCUCGAGGCUAUAGUCCGGAUCUGGCGAGUCCCGGGUCUACCUGCUGAGUUGUAUCUCAAUUACGAUUGUGGCCUCUACUCGACAAACCUUUACGAAGAUCUUAUGAAGUUACUGUCGAAAAACGCGUCCGCCCUGAUGGGUAGCAUGUACAGCAUACAAUUUAUAUCACUCGAGGCUAUAAUAAGUCUGGUCGUCGGAAUCGAAGCCCGUUGCAAAGGUUAUCGGGACUUGUGCAAGCCAUCGAGGCACCAAAAUACCGAACCAUUGCCAACGAGAAGCGAGCUGUUGUCAACGAAAGCCAGCAAGCGAUGGCUCGCCCUCGGUACAGAGAAAUUCAACGAGAACCCACGCGAGGGCAUCGCGAAGCUCACGGAACACGGGCUCCUCAGUACCGUUCCGGGAGGGCCAUCGGAUCCGGAGAAAAUAGCAAAAUUGUUACGGGAAAAUCCGAUGCUUGACAAGAAAGCGAUCGGCGAGUACAUAAGCAGAAAAGAGAACAAAACGAUAUUGAAUUGUUUCGUGCAAAAUUUCGAUUUCCAUAAUACAAGAAUAGAUCAAGCGUUGCGACAAUAUCUCGAAUCAUUCAGGCUCCCGGGCGAAGCACCGGUGAUUUCAUUGUUGCUGGAAAAGUUUGCCGAUCACUGGCACGACAGUAACGGGCGUCCAUUCGCCUCCGCGGACGCUGCCUUCACUCUAGCUUAUGCAGUUAUAAUGCUCAACGUCGAUCAACACAAUUACAAUGCUAAACGCCAGAGUAUUCCAAUGACGGCCGAGGAGUUUAAGAGAAAUUUAAAAAAGGUCGACGGCGGAGCGGAUUUCGAUCAGGAUAUGCUCGACGAGAUUUACACGUCCAUUAAGGGCGAGGAGAUCGUGAUGCCGGCGGAGCAAACGGGCCUCGUGAAAGAAAAUUAUUUGUGGAAAGUUUUGCUUCGCCGUGGUGCAAGUCGCGAGAGUAUUUAUUUGAAAGUUGGAAAUUCCGGGGAGUUCGUUGACAAAGAACUCGCUGAACGUGCCUGGGCGCCGAUAAUAAGCGCUCUGUGUCGCGCUUAUGACAAAGCGCCUGACAGAUCGUUGCAGCGACGAGUCGCACAGACUUUUCUCAGCUGCGCAUCGAUAAGCUCGUAUUACGCCAUGAGCAGCGAUCUCGACACUCUCGUAGUAAGUCUUUGCAAAUUUACAGGUCUGGCAACCGGCGGUGAGCCCGAGCAGAUAGUCCUGCAUCUCGGUGGUAGCGGAAGAUGUCAAUUGGCGGCACGAACCCUCUUCAAAAUAACCCACCUGUACGGGAACGGCUUGAGAUCCUCGUGGAAGAACAUCAUCGAUUCGCUGCAAACUCUUCACAAGGCUCGACUGCUACCGAAGGCGAUGACCGAGGGUGAAGACUUUUUGGAAACCGGCGGCAGAGUAUCUCUCAUAAGAGAACCAACGACUCCGAAAGCGCCUCCCGUUGAGCAGGGAAUAUUAUCCAGUUUGUAUUCUUACAUAGCUCUGGAAACGACGCGACCGCCCCAUCCGGCUGAAGCAAUGACGCGAAAGAGAGCGACCGAUUGCAUUGCUAACUGUUAUCUAAAGCAAAUUAUCGAAGAAAGCAAAUUUUUGGAGGUGGACUCGCUGAGAUCCCUGAUCGGGGCUCUCGUCUCUGUGAAUCCUCACGACGAGGAUAUAUCAGUUUUUAUUCUUGAACUUUUGCUCGACGUGACGAUCCAAAAUCGAGAUCGAGUGAUGUGCGUCUGGCCCAUAGUCCAAGCUCAUUUGGACGGUUUACUGACGACCGCGGCUCGCGAGAACCAUCCGUAUUUGUUGGAAAGAGUAGCGGUUGGGAUGCUCCGGUUGGCGAUAAGAUUAUUGCGAGGAGAGGAAUUCGCUUGGACGGUUUUGCCUCCGCUGAUGCCGAUCACGCUUUUACCGUCAGCUACGACCCCCCCUCUCUCGCGGCAGAUCGCCUACGGCCUAUUUGAACUACUAAAAACGGGGGCUGCCAAUAUUCAUAGCUCCGAAGAUUGGAAAGUCGUGUUUGCUCUUCUCGAGUGUGCGGGUGCUGGCGCGCUGCAGCCGAAACAGCAGCAGAACGCCACCGGGGCUAAUAACAAUGUUAGUAACAAUUCAGCCGAGGAAACCUCGGCUCCGAGCGCGAGAACAUCCGUUUUGGAUCAAAGGCCCGUAUCGCCCAUUCCCGAAUGGGUUCUAGUCUCUCCGACCGGCACAGAAGCUCCUUUACCAGUUGCAGCGGACACGAUAAUACUCGAUCGUGAUUUGCAGCCCCACGAUCCAGUUGCCCUCGCCAAAUGUUGCGAGAGUUUGGUCUUCCUGGUUCGAGACGUCGCUCACGUGACGCCCUUCAACUUCGAGCUUUGCAUCCGCUGCGUCAGGACGUUCGGCGAAGCCGUUUUGCAGAACAACAGCACAACCAAGCGAGGAAGAGUCAACUCUUCGGUCGGCGACACAGCGACGAAUCCGGCUUAUCAACAAGCCCCUCUGCAGUUGCUCGAUCUCAUGCACACCCUGCACACCAGGACCGCUCAGAUAUUCAACUGGUGGGCCGAGGAAAACGGUCAAAAGAGCGACGAGAUUGCCUCCCUCUGGCCGCAAGCUUGGAAGCCUCUGCUCCAGGGGAUCGCUCGCUUGUGCUCCGACUCCAGACGCCCCGUCCGAGCAUCCGCCAUCACUUUUCUCCAAAGCACACUCCUGGCCCACGACUUGGCACAAUUAACAGCCAUCGAGUGGUCCCAGUGCCUCGAGCAAGUCCUGUUCCCCCUGCUCGCCCAACUCCUCGACCCCGUCGCUCCCAACGAUCCAUCCGGUAUCGAGGAGACUCGGGUCCGGGCUGCCAUGCUUUUGUCCAAAGUGUUCCUUCACCAUUUAACGCCCCUGCUCACCCUUCCGGGUUUCCUUCCAUUGUGGCUGACCGUUCUUGACCUACUGAGGGCUUACAUGCACGCCGACAACAGCGAAUUGCUCUUCGAAGCUAUUCCUGAAUCUUUGAAAAACAUGCUCUUGGUCAUGUCCUCGACUAACGUACUGACUCCAACUUCCAGUCUCUGGGAACCCACCUGGCGCACGAUCAAUGCUUUUCUCCCAAACCUACGAAGCGAACUCUUCCCCGAGCCUUCGAACGUCGAGAACAGCCCCAUCAACCAAGCGUCCUCGGAUAGCCGGCCUAAAUCACCACAGGGCCCGGUCAUCAGUCUCGUCGAACAGGAACAACCGGCUUUCCAGAAUUCUAUCGCACCUCAACCGGAAAUACCGAGACAGAGGUUGAACGAUUGCGGGGGUAGUUCUAAUUACAUUCCUAUUAAUAUUACUUCUUGUGCUCCUGAGAUUGGAACGUCGACUGGACUCCCAGCAAUUCCUGUUCUCCUCUCAAACGUUGGAACGCAGGAAGAAACCUCGAGAAGCCAGGAGACAGCGAAUAGUCAAAUUAUGGAUAUCCCAAAACCGGAAGCUCCUCAGGAUGUAACCGAGCCUCGUGUCAUUAGCCUUUUGGGCCAAGAACAACCGUCCUUCACUGGUCAAAUUGCCCUUCAACCGGAAAUGUUCCAAGAAUCAAGCCGGGUUUUAGGAAAUUCAGUCAAUUUUUCUUCGCCGACUGACCACGGUGGGAACUUGAGCUAUCCUAACGCUUCUAGCCUUCCGAGUGAUGUCCUUGAGUCAAAAGAACACCAGCAAGUCGUCAAUCUCUUGAAUCAACCACCGCCAAGCGUUUCCAGCCCCGUUGCCGUUCAGCCAACCGCUCAAUCCUUCGAUUUUUAUCGCAUCGCAGAACACUCUCCUGAUUCAUCGAUAUUGAUGAAGACUCCUGAUCGACAAGCUUGGGAUACCCCCGUGGUUGAAACGCUUCCGGACAACCAGAAGUUUCGGGAUUUGGAAAUUUCCUCCGAAUAUGUCAACGACCCUGUUGCUUCCGAACACUUGACCAAGUCGACAUUUGAGAUUCAAACGGAAGAUUCUAAAGUGUCAACGGUAACGGCGCCAUCCGCAUCAUCAGUGACGACAACGAUGUUCAAUUCAGCGGCGUAUUUCAGCGAGGAUCCAGCCGCCGAUCGUUUGUUCGUUGUGACAAAUCCUUGACGAUUGUACAUUGUAUACCGUGUAUAUUGUAUCAUAUAAAAGUAUAAAAACAAACGAGAAACCAACCAUUGUUAAUUCAAUUUAUAUACUAUAGGUGUGUAACACACGUCCUAUGAAAUCAAUUAACAAAUCUGCUAUGUAUAGUUCACGCGUACGUUAAAAUAAUUAGUCAAUCUGAUGGUUGUGUUGUUAUUGUUACGAUCAUUUGUUUAUUAUCAUGUUUCUUUUUCUUGAGUAAAAAAAACAAAAUUAUGUACGUUAAAACUUAUGAAUGCAUUGUUACACAGUAUGAACAGGAUAAUGGAAAUUAUAAUGAAACGCAUGAAUAUAGAAGAGAGGAAGAAAAAACCUGAAUUUCAAAAAUUAUUAUUCUGUAUAUUUCACAAAACAGCGUAUUUAUCCCACAUUAAUUAAUGAACAAAUAUUUAUCCAUAAAGUAUAACGAAUGAAUUAUAAACUUUUAUUAUAUCAUUGAGGAACACGAAAUUUUUGUAUCCUUCAAGUAGAGGCACUCGUAUUUGGGUUUCUUUUCCUUAUUUUAGGCUCUCCGGAGACUUUGUAAUAAAUGCGAGAUCGUUGAAAUAUAUUUAUUCUUAAAUUCA